AUGAGCGGCAGGCCGUAUGCGCGCAACCCGCGCGCGCCGUUCGCGGGGCCCAGAGACCUGGAGGCGAUUCUGCCGCACACGUUCCGACUGGAGGCGCCUAUGAGGCUGCGCGACGCGAAGCAUGAAGCCAUCCGCAGUGCGAUCCGGCGGCGCUGCAUGCAGAAGAACUGGCGCAAGAUGAUCAGCAUCCGGCACCGGAGACUUGAGAGCGAGAAUGCGCCACUGAAGGCCGCAGAGGAGAGCAAGAGCGAAGAGAAGGGGCCGUCGAAGGAGGAGAAGCAGGAAGAAGAAGAGAAGGAAGAGGAGAAGGAGGAGAAGAAAGAAGAACAAGAAGACGUCGUGGAGACGUCCAAGAGGCAGCUGCAGGAGCUGGAGGAGAAGCUGCAGGGCCUCACGCAGCAGAAGCACGACAAGUUCCAGCUGCUCAAGGACAUGCUCAUGGCGGAGGCCAGGUCCAAGUUGGCAGGAGCAGCCUCUGCCUCUGCCUCGACCUCUGCCCCCGCCAAGAAGCGGCGCGUCGAGUUCAAGGACGUGAUCUUAACCCCUAGUCCAGCCAAGAUGCAGUCUCCAGUCCCAACUCCUUCGACUGACGCUGGGAAUGCCCCUGGCAGUGCAGAGAAGGCUUAA